CUGUGGAGAGGCACGAGCCUCCAUGAAGGCCUUUUCUUUUUAUAAGAUAUGUCUUCACCUGGCUUGCGGUGCAUCAAACGCAUUGUGUGAAUGCACUGGGUGAAUAAAUCUCUGCAUGUUUCUUUUGCAUAUGAGCAGUUCUUGCUGCAGUAAUCAUGGCUGCCUUUGACAGGUCUGCCAGCUCUAUUAAAGACUGGUAGCAGGCCAAAGAGAACCAGCCCUGCUGAAAGCCUCUCUGCAGUCUCACAGCUGCUGCUCCAGAGCCGGAGUCCCCUCACCCCACUGCACCGACACAAACAAAAGGCCCGAUUUGCUUGCUGAACACUGCCCCCUUUCUCUGUCCAUCCAUCUGUGCACGGCUGUGCUGGCCGGGAUUGAGAAGGAACGAGGCCUGGACUGGGACUAAACCUAGGACUGACCCAGGGAAGGAAAAGGAAGAAGGGGAGGGGAUGAGCAGGAUGGGGGCUGACAUGGUCGUGGCUGUGUGAGGCAGGUGCUGAGGCCUGUGCAGGAAGACAUUUUUCCCUCCCUGAAUAUCACUCAGAAGAAAAAAGGAGAAUCGGACCAAGACCAUGAGCGAUAUGAAGACGCCAGAUUUUGACGACCUGCUGGCAGCCUUCGAUAUCCCCGACAUGGUGGAUCCAAAAACUGCUAUUGAAUCUGGCCACCAUGAUGAACAUGAGAUCCAUCUCAAACAAGCCAGCAUUGAGGUGACUUCGAAUGAAGAUGAGGCUCACAAUGCCUCAACAGGACACGAUGUUGCCGUUAGUGUCAUUGUCAAGAAUACCCGAAACACAGAUAAUAUUGAGCAUGGUGGAACCAUAUCAGAAAAGAACAAUCCUCGCCACCCUGCAGGCAGUUUGGAUAAUGGACUUCAUAAUGGAAUUCUUCCAGUCAUGCCAUCUAGUAAUCAUUACACCAAGAAUGGUUGGAAAGCACCAAGAAAGGAAGGCCACCCAGCUGACAAAUCAGCAUCUACAUUCAAUCAGUUCAGCCCCAUCUCCAGUGCUGAAGAGUUUGAUGAUGAUGAAAAGAUUGAAGUAGAUGACCCUUUGGAUAAGCAGGGUGGUCAGUCAUUCUUUAGACCUGCUACAAAAACAGAGGCACAAAAUCCGAAAUCUCUUGUUUCAGUGGACAAUGUUUCAAAGUCCAAAGUAAAUGGAAACCUAAAACCUGAUCAAAACAACAACAGUGACACUCUGGUAGGUUCCAAGUUCAGUCUUACUCCUCAAACAAGGACCCCUGAGAAGGAAUCCAAAUUAACUGUUGUCAAGGCUCACAGACAAGAGGACACCAACCUUGGAGAGCCAUCAGGGCUUAGUAAUGUGUCGACAUCUGUAAGACACAUCAAAGCAAAGUCCUCCAUGAAGCUCCCCUCUUGUACAACAGCAAUAGCAUCCCUCAGUUCCAGAAAAGCUAACACUGCAGACUGUGGGCUCUCAGAUUCUUCUUUAACACCGAAUGAAUCUGUGCAUGACAGUCCUCAGCCGAAGGACAGUGAAAAUCCCAAUGCUCCAGAGAAGUCUCACAAACAAGAGCCAACACUGGAGUCUGCAAAGAAGCUACCAACAAAACCAGAUAGUCCAUCUAGUGUCACCAGUGAGGGAAGCAGCAAAGGAUCACCCAUCUCAAGCACCGACACCACUCCAGUCAUCCCAAAGGUCCGUAUUAAAACAAUCAAGACCUCAUCAGGCCACAUUAAACGCACAGUCACCAGAGUUGUACCAUCGUUUGAGGCCGAACGCCUGAAAAAAGCAGAGCAUCCUAAUAAUCCAUCUGUUAUGGCUUCAUCCAUGCUUUCUUCUCCUACCUCCAAUCCGGUAUUAUCGUCUCCCACAAGACCCUCUCUGCCAACCGCACUGGUAGCCACCACUGGAGGUUCUUCAUUGGAAAUUACAAAGCAGAUGACCAUCAAACCUGUGGCGACAGCCUUUCUGCCCGUCUCAGCUGUCAAGACAGCAGGUUCUCAAGUCAUCAACCUGAAGCUAGCUAACAACACCACCGUCAAAGCAACAGUCAUCCCUGCUGCCUCAGUGCAGAGUGCCAGCAGUGCCAUCCUGAAAGCCGCUAAUGCCAUCCAACAACAAACUGUAAUGGUGUCUGCCUCCAGUCUGGCUAAUGCCAAACUCGUGCCAAAGACAAUCCACAUUAGUAACAUUAAUCUACUGCCUCAGACAGUCUCCUCUGCUACCUGUGAACUCCAACAGGUCCGAUCGUCUACAAAACUGUCUCUGCAUCAACAACCACAGCAGCAAGUCAAACAUCACACAGGUCUUCCUGGUCAGACCUCAAAGAAAGUCUCCAAAGUUCAGGUGUUUGGCAGCUCUCAAAGUUCUGUGGUGGAUGCUUUUAAUAAAAUACUAAGCAGCAUAAAUCCAGUCCCUGUGUACGUACCCAAUCUCUCCCCUCCAACCUCAGCGUGUAUCUCCUUACCUUCUCGUGGCUACAAGUGUUUAGAAUGUGGAGAUUCCUUUGCACUUGAGAAAAGCCUAACUCACCACUAUGAACGUCGCAGCGUGCGCAUCGAGGUCACCUGCAAUCACUGCGCCGAAAAUCUUGUGUUCUACAACAAAUGCAGCCUCUUGACUCAUGCCAGGGGCCACAAGGACAAGGGGGUGGUCAUGCAGUGUUCACACCUAAUCCUGAAACCCAUCCCUGCAGAUCAGAUGAUAACCACAACACCCCCGAUAAGCUCGCUCAGCUGCACUAGUACCACCUCUGUCUCCCAAACACGUGCAGCCACAGGUCAAAACCAAGGGAAAGUGUCUGGUGGAGGUUCACAAGCUGCAGUGAUAUCAGUGCCGGGCAGCACUCCUCUCGUGGCAGCCAUGCCCUUGGAGGAUGAUGCAUCGAAGCUUUGCAGGCACAGCCUCAAGUGCUUGGAGUGUAAUGAAAUAUUUCAGGAUGACAGCUCUCUGGCCAUGCACUAUCAACAGGCACCAGAGACCAGUGGACAGCAAACAUGUACUAUCUGCCAAAUGCUUCUUCCGAAUCAGUGCAGCUUUUUGUCACACCAGCGAAUUCAUCAGCACAAGUCACCAUACAUUUGCCCUGAGUGCGGUGCCAGCUGUCGCUCUGUCCACUUCCAGUCACACGUCACUAAAAACUGCCUGCAUUACACACGGAGAGUCGGCUAUCGCUGCAUUCACUGUAGUGUGAUCUUCGCUGAUGUUGCUACACUGAAAUCCCACGUCCAGAGUACUCACUGUGAGAUCUUCUAUAAAUGUCCAAUCUGCCCCAUGGCCUUCAAGUCUGCACCAGGAGCACACUCACAUGCCUACACCCAGCAUCCAGGAGUGAAGGCCGGAGAGCCCAAGGUAAUCUAUAAGUGUUCCAUGUGCGACACCGUAUUCACCCCUCAGUCGCUGCUGUACACCCACUUCGACCAGCACGUCAUCAACCAUAAGGUUUCCGUGUUCAAAUGCCCUGACUGUGCGAUGUACUACGCGCAGAAGCAGCUUAUGUUGGAUCAUAUCAAGGACGCUAAUUUACUGUUGCUGUGA